AUAGAAUUCUAACGAUCAUGAUAAUCGUAAAUAAUUUUUCAAGCUUUGUCCAGAGGUAGAGAAACAUGGGACCAAAACGUGAAAUCAAGUACGUGUCGAAGGGCAAGACGCGAAUAGACCGGGAACAGCAAACGAAGAAUCAGUUCGACCCUCUUCGUUUGGAAGUGAAGUAUCCCGGAACGACGAUACAUUUGUUACAAUGCGAUGAGAAACCGAUUCUGCUGGCGGCCGCGGCAGCUUUGGCGAAAUUCGGUGGCAAAUGCCGAGAGAACCUGCAACUUUUAUUCGAUCUUGAAAUUACUGACAGUGUGAUCCCACUGAUCACGCACGAGGAUUUGUUUACACGAAGAUUCGCCCUAAAACUGUUGGCAGAAAUGGUAGCCAUCCCCAACGUCCGUGACUUCCUGCUGGAUUCCGAUUAUUACAUUCCGCACUUCAUCAAAGUCCUCAUCAACGAAACAGACACUUUCAUGCACGAGUUCUCCUCCUUAAUCCUGGCCGAGAUCACCAAGGACGUUUAUGGAACAGCGCAGUUGCUGAAACACUGUCCAGAUAUGAAUUUUCUGCACGAGAGACUUCAGUCGCCUGAUCCCGACGUGAAAAUGAACACCAUGCAAAUCGUACAUAACCUGUUACAAGAUCCCAUAGGCGCGGAGGAGAUCAUCGAAACUAAGAGUUUUGAUCUGCAACUCGUGUACGAUCUCUUCGACUCUCCUUACACCGAGAUCCAGAAGCUGGCGCUCGACGUUGUGGCCGAUCUGGUGCGCAGGAACAAGGACGAUCGUCUGCACGAUCGUUUCCGACGUACGAACGGGCUCGGAGCUUUACUGAAAUUUUUGGACAACAUCGAGUGGGAGGAUCUUCACGCGGACGCGCUCAGGAUUCUACGUUUCGCGUGCGACAACCCCACCACGGUUGAACUGUUCGACGACAUAGGCGGCAUCAGGCACAUGUUGAAAUACAUAGAGGACACGUCGAACUCGAGGCUUUUUAUGGAGGCUCUGGGCAUAGCUGUUCGUUUGUCGCACACGGCUAGGGGUAGAAAAGUAACGUAUGCGAUUGCCUUGUACGAUUAUGGCAUCGUGGAUUAUUUACUGAAUACGUUAAUGGGUCACGUACAAGCUGACAUGUACGAAAUCAGUUGCCACGGUAUUGGCAUGAUGACUCUUUACAACGAAGCGGCCAAGGAUUUAACCACGGGCAAAUGCGUGAAAAACAUUCUAGAUAUACUGAAGAAUGAAAAUUUGAAACUGUCCACUAGAUUAGCAGCUCUGUUCGCCUUGAAUCAAUUGUUAAAAUGCGACGCGAAGAAUUGCCAGGAAUUCUUGGACAUUCACGGGCAGAACUAUUUGUUAUGGCUGAUGAGGCAACCGGCCGGGAGAGUGCCUGUCGAAAUUCUGGUCGGUGCUGUGGAGUGUGUCAUUACAAUAGUGAGAAAUCAGGCCUUGAGACAUACUGUGAUUACACCGGAGAUCAUCGACGCCAUGUCUGAAAGAAAGAAGCACAAUUUCGUCACGUGUACUACUUACAAAAACGAUGAUCGUAGUAUGCUGAACAACCGAUCGACCGCUCGAGUCGUUCCAUCAUGGGACACGUGUAUAGAAACCUUAUUCGAUGCGCAUCUGCCAAUCAAAUUCGCCUUCACCGGGCGACUCUCCUUGCACGACGUCACUCGAGACGGAUUUUAUGUACUGCGAAGAAACAUCUGCAGCUUUCCUAUAUUGGAUGAUAUCUUCCGUUUCAAGUUCUGCCCCUUGGAGCCCAUCUACGUGGUGAAUUGUAUUCAGGAAAAUCCGUACGAACUAAGCUUGGAAGGUAAUAGAAUAAUGCCUAGUCAAACGUUCGUCGCUAACUAUCCCCACCAAUUCUUAGAAUUGGGACUGUUUCACUCUACUUUACCGUUAAAUAUGACACCCGUGCCAAACAGAGUGACACCUGAUACCGAUAUGGCCCGAGCAAGCGAGCAACGACAGAGGCGUUUUCUUGUCCAGAGAGAUAUUACAAUUGACGAUGGACUCCAAGUUCGGCCUCCAGUGCGACUCCUCCCUCUACGAUUACGUGGAGCUAUUCAAAUGCAAGUUGAUCGCGGCCGAGUCGAAGAACGUGUAAGAAAGCCUCGCAUGCGAGUCCCUCGUCGCGCAAACUCCUACAACCUUCGCGCUUUCCAACGCAGAGUGUCGAGAACGACACGAGGAUUCGUGGACGUUGGUUAUGUGGCCUCGCGCGCCAGGAUGCUGGCAAAGUUCGUGGCGCGACAGAUGUCAGGCCCUGAUCCUCUGGUCAGAUGCGUGGAUCAUCAGCUGGAAAUUCACCUGAAGGAGAUCAAGAGGACCAUAGAGACCAGCGUGAUCCCGCUGGGGAUGUUGAAAGUCGGCUCUUACUUUGAGAGAGCCCUCCUCUUCAAAGUAAUCGCGGACAGGGUGCACUUGCCAGCUGCCCUGGUCCGGGGACAGUACGGAAAAGCCUGGAUCGAAAUCGCAGUGCCGGAGGAUAGCUUAGCUCGCAGCUCAUCGAUAUUCCCCACGAAGUUGUUGAAACCGAAUUUCAUCGUCGACUUAAUGCACUCCCCUGGAGAUUUGAUUCCAAUUGGCAGUGAAAGAGCCAUACUGUACUGCGAGAAAAGACUAGUUUGCGACACUGUCUGUUAAACCGUGUAAACACGUUGAUUGCAAGACUGAACCGCUGAAGGUUUCUUUCUUUUUUCUUUUUGGAUGUACAGGAGAUCUUAACUUAACUUCACUCUCGCUAUCUAUGGACUCUGUGGAAAAUUUUUUAGUAAUAUAAAACGCAGAGAUCUUAUUUAUAGCGAUGGUGUACGCAGUGGAAACGGAUCAAUUAAUCAAUUAAUUUUUAACGAACAAAGUCGGCCUGCGUCUCAGCUAUCAUCGUCGCAGCUAUAAACAGCUCAAUAAGUUACUUUUCAUUAGAGUAAGACAAGCGCUUCUCGUUUCCAGAGAGGUUCACUGGUAUCAAGGUUUGAUUAUUAGACUGCGAAGUUUCGUGCAUUUUAAAGUGCAAAAAAAUAUAUAAAACAUUCAAAA